CCGGUCUCGUUGCCGCUGCAGUCUUAACUGAUGAGUGCGGUGUUGUGGAUUCGGCUGGCACUUCGCGUCUUUAUUCCCAGUUCAGUCAGCGUUUUUACGGGAACGUUUCCUCCAGACGUGAAAAACGAAACACGAUGUCUGUGGCCGGGCUGAAGAAACAGUUCCACAAAGCCAGUCAGCUACUAAGUGAGAAGAUCAGUGGGGCAGAGGGGACGAAGCUGGAUGAAGACUUCUUGGAGAUGGAGAGGAAAAUCGAGGUGACGAACAAGUCAGUGUUUGACCUCUUGUCCAAAACAACAGAGUACCUCCAGCCUAACCCAGCCUCUCGAGCCAAGCUAAACAUGCUGAACACGGUGUCUAAGAUCCGAGGGCAGGUGAAGACCACCGGGUACCCCCAGACAGAAGGCCUGCUGGGAGACUGCAUGCUGCGAUACGGUCAUGAACUGCCAGAGGACUCUGUCUUUGGCGGCGCGCUGGUGGACAUGGGUGAGGCCAUGAGGCAGAUGGCAGAUGUGAAGGACUCCCUGGACAUAAAUGUCAAGCAAAACUUUAUAGACUCUCUACAGAAUCUACAAGACAAGGACCUCAAAGAGAUCACGCACCACCUGAAGAAGCUGGAAGGCCGCCGGUUAGACUUUGACUAUAAGAAGAAGCGCCAGGGGAAAAUCCAAGAGGAGGAGAUCCAGCAGGCCGUGGAGAAGUUUGAGGAGAGCAAAGAGCUGGCCGAUAGGAGCAUGUUCAACUUCCUGGAGAACGAUCUGUAUGCAGCACUCCAGCACAGGGUGAAAUCCAGCCUGCGUCGAUGUCCCGUUCAAACAUCCCUAUAUUUUUACCGUCUUCAGCAGGUGGAGCAGGUGAGCCAGCUGUCAGCACUGAUAGUGGCGGCCUUAGUGUACCACCGGCAGUCAUUUGAAAUCCUGGAGGAGCUCAGUGGGAAGCUGCAGAAGAGGAUAUCUACUGCCAACAGCCGGCCUAAGAGAGAGUUCAGACCAAAGGUGAUCAGGAGCAGCAUCGAGACUCUGGACAACAGUCAGCACAACGGCCUGUCCUAUAGCUCCUCACUUAAAUCCACCGAUAUCCAGAUCAACCACACAGUUAAUGUCAAAACUGAUCAUAUAACCACUGUACCACUGUCAUGGCCUGAAAGCCCCACUACCAACAGCAAUCUUCACCAGUUGGAGGUGCUGGACCAGCCAUGCUGCCAGGCCCGCUAUGACUUUGAGCCAGAGAAUGAAGGUGAGCUGGGCUUCAAAGAGGGCGACAUCAUCAUCCUCACCAACCAGAUAGACGAGAACUGGUACGAGGGCAUGAUCAGUGGCGACUCCGGCUUCUUCCCCAUCAAUUAUGUAGAAGUCAUGGUUCCCCUGCCGCAGUGAACCCCGCCGCCCCUGAGUCCUCCACAGACUCCACUUGCUUCAUUACGCUCAACCUCCCUCCUAAGCUCGACUAAGGCCUGAAAAUAUACAGAACCCAGAAACAAAAUUCUGUCUUCUGAUUUUCAAUCUGAGCCCGUGAGCUAGUACGUCUCUUCCAAGCCAACUUAAGAUCAGAUGUUGCUGAUUUUCUUCUUUGUUCACAAUUAUGAAACUGAAUCCAAGGGAAAUCCAAGCCAUUUAGUGCAACACUGCCUGGUUGAAUGCUUUGUGUCCUUUCGGUCUGGCUGAGGUCAAAAUGUCAAGCUGUCGUCAGAGUCUGCAGUGCAUCCCAUGAGUCCGUCACAUGAGGCCGCUCUUUGUUUAUGCGAGAGAGAGGAUUAUCUCCAGGUAUGCAUAAUGAAUCCUCUUGUAGUGAGAGUGUGAACUGUCAUGGAUUGCCAAGAAGCUAACAUACUGCAAGUACACAUUUAGUCAGAUGAAUCAUGGUUUAAAGCAGUUAGAGUUUGAUGUCUAAAGGGCAGAUUCACCAAAGUUACCCGAUUUCAUCCAGACAUGCAGAUUCCUGAGGUAUUUAUCUUGUAGGUUUCUAGCUUUUUCCACGUACAAUGAAGGAGAAUUGACUUUUAUUUGUGGUGCUCACAGCAUUGAGCAAAGACAAUUAAAAUAAACCAAAAAGAUAGGAUUUGUUUUAAUUUGGGUGAACAAGGCCCUUAAAAAAAGACAGGACUUGUUGAAGGCCACCCUGUAUUAAACAUUUUUUUUUUCUUUUAAAUACACAUUUUCUCAUCCACUGCCUGGUAUGGCCACCAGAAUAUCACAUUCCACUGAAUGUGUGUUUCUGUGUAAAACCAUUUCAUGUUCUGUGUUAUGGUCCAAACACAAGCCUCAUUUCAGUGGUUAUGAUGCCUUGUGAGGACUUUGAGGAAGUUGAAGGAUAAUUCUACUUUAUUACAACUUGGUUCUUGUUUUUUUAGUUUUGCCAUCAUGGGGGAAACUUACUUGUUAAGUUAACUGCUCAGGAACACGGCGACGCUGCUUAAAAUAGGAUGUAGAAAAUAGAAAAACAAGAACAGGCAAUUUGACAGUUUUUUCAGUUCCAAUCAAUUUUUUAAUAUCAACAAUUGGUCAAGUGACUACUUUAUAUGAAAGGUCUUGCAUGGACUGAUUAACGUGCAGAGAAUUAUCAGGAUCACCUCUACUCCUCUUCAGCUCUAUUAGGCAUUAGAGCAUCUUUUAACUAAUUGUUUUGAUUUUACAGCCUGUAACUUUACUAUUUGGGUUCAGUCUCAAAACUCAAAUCAACUGGUUUCCAGCACCAGCAGCAGAUGGCAAUUUCAGUGGUAAAGCCACUGUCCACUACCUGCUCAGAAGCAAACUGCAGACAGACAGUCAGAGAGCAGCAGGUGAACACAGUGGAACAUUUAACUGCUAAAGAGACAUAUUUCCCUCAGGAGGUGGUGGAGACCAAAAGUAGAGUUUAAACAGAGAGAACAAUAAGUUGUUCGAAACAUGACAGUUUUUGCUAGAUGUGAAAAUCGUGUGAUGUAAAAUAUAACUGCUUGCUCAUACUUAACAAGACACAAUGGGUUAUUAUAUUACGUGUGUGAGGUUAAGCUUGUUGUGGAGUUUUUUGUUCCAAAGUAGCCAAAUAUAAAUUGAUUAAUGCUGCUUUAAACAAACUCCCAGGAUAACCCUACAUAUUUUUGGAACAUUUUCUUCACAGACAGACUUCCUUGUUUAAAUUUGACCUACCGUACUUGCUAUAGCCAAGCGCACUCAGUAUUCCUGUGCAGUUUCAGGGGUGUGGACUGUCAAUUUUACUUCCAAAUAAACUGGAUAUAACCGGUCAGCUUGUUGAAAGCCUAUCUCAUCGUCUGACAGAUAGUUCUUGACAUUGGCCUUUGAGGUAUUGAUGUUUUUUUGUGUUCCCAGAUCUCAGCAAACUACAAAUUAUGAAAAUAAUACCCACAUUUGCUCUUCCUUUCCAUGAACUUUCCAUAUCUCAUGAACAUUACAAGCCACAGCCGCUCGGGACAGUGAAUGAUCAAAUCUUAUUCACAGGGUCAAUGUCAAUAGUGUCUGAAUGUUGAUGUAUAUUACUGUUCUCGUCUUUUCUUCUUCGUCUGUUUUCCUGCUGUGCUCUUAUUUUGCUAUGAGGAACUGAAGUGAACUCCACCUCUCUGAAUGUCUCUCUGUUUACACACUUACUUAUUGUGACAUAAUGUAAGCAUUGUAAGGACUGCUCUGCGUCAGAUAGGAAUGAAUACCUUGUCACAAUGAAACCAUAUGAAAGUGCUUUUUGAAACGUUAUCUGCGUUGCACUGAAUCUUUCGAAUCUACUCACCACAUGUUUUUGUCCACGCACCUUUUUCUUGCCGAUAUUUUGAUUUUUCACUUAUUCCAUGUUUCUCACAACAGGGUUAGAAUCACUCUCAUAUCAGAUAUAUACGUGAAGUCCAAAUGGUAGAUAUUGAGACUUAUAUAAUCACAGAUGUUGUUUGUUCUGUAUAAUCAAUCUACUAUCUCAAUUAUUGUGACGUCAAUUAGAGGAACUCUUAAAUCAGACGUAUGCAGAAUCUGUGGAAGAAGAUGAGCCUGUUGACUUGUGUGACUCAUUCCAGCUGUCUUAUCAUAGUACUAAGCUGUAGAUACAAAGUUCAUUUUUUGCCAUAUUUUAGUACUAAGCCUCCCUGUUUUCGCAUACGUUCUGUAGAACAAAAUUCAGGAUAAACUACUUUUCCACAGUAAUUCAUCAGCACAACAAUAAAGUGAUGUCAUAGUCACCACAUGCUGCACUGGAUUUCUCCCAGACAUUAUGCAGAGUUUAUUUUUCUUCCAUGGCAUAGUUUAACCGAGGGAUGAAGCCUUUGUACAUUAAAAUGUUAGGUCGACUGCAACUCCCAUGGUGCGUUUUGUAUUGCAAUCCAAUCACAGAGCUUUAAAAAGCAUAAUGUUCCACUGUUCAUACUUUUAUAAUUUGCAGUUUUAAAUCAGUUAGCUUUAAUUAAUAAACCACAGUGUUGUGUUUUGUUAACAACUGCAACCACAGUCCUGCGUUACCUUGUAACUGUCGAAUCCCGGCUGUUCUUGGUAGACUUUGAAACAUUUUAUCUGUUGUGAAUGAAGUAUGAAGUAUUUCUUUAAAAAAAAAAGUUUCAGCAGUUUUUGAGCAUGACUUCACUCUGUUGAGUUAAAAGUGGAUUUAUGGCUAUAUCAUAGUUCAGGUAUUUCCACCCCAUCUCAACAUCAAGCUGCAUUUAUUAGUGACCAUCCUUUAUUCAUUCUGCCCUUGCUUGAAUACCAGCUUUGAUAAAGAACGUAUGAUACUCAGAAAUAUUCAAAUGGCUUCUUUCUCUUCCAGACUUGUGUGCUAUUCCAUAGUAUUCAUUUAUUUAUACAUUUAUUCCUGUUAAAAGGGAGUUUUUUCUCCGCCACAGUCGCCAAGUGCUGCUCAUUGUGGGAUUUGUUAAGUUUUCCCUGUAAUAUUGACCUCACCAUAUAAAGUGCCUCGAGACAAUGUAUGUUGUGAUUUGGCGCUAUACAAAUAAAAUUGAAUUGAAUUGAAUAAUGAUAUGAAAAGACAUAACCCCGGACCUUUAAACUCAGGUUUGGGCGUUCAGUCCAAAAUGUAUUUGAUGGACUACAUUCUUACUCUAUAUGAUAUUGUUUCAUUGUGGACCAAUUUUACUUUAUAUUCAAUAGAAAGAAAAGGGUUUAUUUGAUACAUACUGUUAGCUUGCUAUUGCUUAGGUCUCCAACAUGUUGCAUGAUAAUCAGUUCUUUAAUUUCCAGAUGGUUAUCAUGGAUUCUGAAUACUGGGGAGCUCUUUGCACAAUGUGCUGUCUGCAACAGUCACAAUACAUGAUGGAAAGGAAAGGCCAUCAGAUGGUUUUAUCCUGCAUUCAGUCUCCAAAAUAUCAUAGGGGUUGAUGGUUUCUGUCAGAGUCCAUACUAACUUAAUUUUCAAAGGGUUUGACUUUGCUUUUUAGAAUUGACAUUGGAUGCAAGAUUCGAUUUGUUUUAAACUCUUAUUUGUUUUGCAGUUUCUGUAUGAAUAACUGGUUGAUGCACUAAAACAAGAUGUCUCAACACUGUACCUCUGUCCACAACAGUCUCUCCUCAGUAUUCAUAUUACAACCAACUUCUAGGUGAAGGAAAAUGGCUGUGCUGCUCUGUUUUAUUUUUUCAGUAGCAUAAUUUAUGCAAAGUUGUUUUAAUAUAUGUUGUAAAUGAAUAUAAUGAAAAAUAUAUGGCUCAAAUAAAUGACAAGCAAAUA